AUGUCUGCUAAAGUUGUCGCACUUGCUGGAGCCAACGGCUACGUCGGAAAAGCCCUUGCAGACGCAUUCCUCGACCUAAACCCGUUCCAAGUUCGUCUUUUGGUUCGCAACGAAUCUAUCAACACUACGCCGUACCAAGACUACAAGAAACGCGGCGCUUUGUUGUAUGCAGUCUCCUAUGACGAUGAAGCCAGCCUUGUCAAGGCACUAGAUGGCGUUGACGUAUUAGUUUCGAGUGUUGCAGCAGCAGCCUUGACAUCCACUCAAAAAGCGGGCGUCAAGGUUUUCUUCCCAAGUGAAUUCAGCGGAAACUUUCCGGAUGAUGUUCCUUUUACCACUUUCCGAGCAAGAAGAGAUGUUCUGGAGAGUGCCAAAGAGCACGGGCUCCCUGUGGCCAGGCUCAACACUGGUGGAUUUCCAGAGUACAUAUUUGAGCUUCCCCUCGGUCUCAGAUUUGCUGACAAGAAGAUUACGAUUUGGGGAGAAGGGAACACCAAGGUCUCAUGGACAACUAUGAAAUCGGUUGCAGACUGGCUUGCAAACGUCCUCAAGUCCGUUCCAGUAACAGAGCUUCAGAACAAGGACAUCGCGAUUCAAGGGAGCUCCUUAACAUUGAAUGAAAUAGUCAAAACUCUGGGAGCAAAACACAACGUGAGAGAAGCUCCAAGUCGAUACCGGCCCUUGAAAGAGAUGGAGGAUCGCAUUGCUGCAGAUCCGACUGAUUUGUUGGCAUUUUUGGUUCGUGGAUUCGAAGUUGGUCACGGAAACAUUGGCGGAGAAGGCAAUGGGCUUUACCCUGAUUGGAAGCCCGAGUCUGUAGAGAGCGUUCUUUGA